AUGAACUGUAUCCUCAUCUCAGAUAUGCAUUGCCUGCUAAGAGCAGCCCAUCUACCCAACCUCCUCUGGGCAGAGGCAAUUUGCAAUGCAGCUUAUCUUCACAAUCAAGUAACAACCUUUCACCUUCCCCAUGGCACAACACCUUAUGAGGCAGCCACUGGUCACAAGCCCAACCUGCAUAAUAUGCUACCAUUUGGUGCAAAGGUGUGGGUGAAAAUCCUUAGUGCCCACAAGACACAACUGCAAGCCUUGGAGGGUCACUUCCUUGGUGUUGACAAAGAGCCCAAGGGUUACCAUAUCUAUUGGCUAGCCAAGCAUGAUGUCUCUGUUGAACAGGAUAUCUAUCCCACCAAAGAUGCACUACUGGAUCCAACCACUGGGCCCAUGAUGCUUGAGGGAGGGAACACAUCAGAGGAUGAAGAACUGGUGGAUAUUGCAGUCAAGCUGCCAGAGCCCAGCAUGGUUAAACAAGAUUGA